AUGCAACGUUAAUAAGAUUCAGCCAUCUAAUAAACUUUUAUCUAUUAAUCACAAUAAAUCAACGAUGAAAAGGGUUAUGUUUAAACAGAAGACGUUUCGUGCUGGCUCGCUUCCAUCAACUAGUAUACGUAAAUUUUUCUUAUAAAUAGUUGGUAGCAACACAUUUCUGCUAAAUUCAGCCUUACAUAUAUAUAUUCUUCUUCAUGGCAAUAAUGUUCAAUUUAGAAAGGAAUUUAUACUUCGGUUAUGCUAUAAAUGAAUUCAUAAUAAGGUCUCAAAAGUAAAAUUUGGGAUUUCAUAGAUUGCUUGAAAGCGGAUAUUGAAAUUUUACAUUUAGUAAAUAAUUUUAAAUUUCUUCUGCUCUUAUUUAUAAGCGAAGAUUACUAAUUAAUCGAGUUUGAUUUGAUUAGAUUUAACUAAUAUACUAACAACGAAUAAUUCUAAAUUGCUUUUAAAAUGCUCUUAAAAAGAUGUAUUCAUAAUAAUAAGAAAUAUAACAAAGUAUCUCAUUGA